GCCAUGUUGCACGCUAUAAACAGUUCAUUGUAGCCUUGGUCAACAGUAUGACACAUUAGGACUACAUUUCCCAAGUUGACAGCGGCCUAUGACGUUAACUGUAUGCGCCGGUCUUUACAGUCUUUAGAGAGAUCUUUAUUAGCUACAUGGUCAAUACAAAAUACUAAGCUUCAUCAGCCAGCCGAGUGUGUACCAACUAACCUUUGGAAUGUCCAGUGGAGAAGUAGUCACCAUGGUGAUGAAGUCAGCAGUUGAGGAUGAUGAUGCCGGCUGGGGUCUGGGCAUCCCAGAAAAGAUGAAGAACAAUGCCAACUGGGUUGAUAUAACGCAUGAAUUCAAGGGUGCAUGCAAAGAGUUGUACCUUGGAGAGUUGCUUCAUGACAAACUGUUUGGCCUAUUUGAGGCCAUGUCAGCCAUAGAGAUGAUGGAUCCAAAGAUGGACGCAGGAAUGAUUGGAAACCAGGUCAACAGGAAAGUUCUCAACUUUGAACAAGCUAUCAAGGAAGGUGCCAUUAAAGUGAAAGACCUGAGUCUUCCUGAACUCAUCGGGAUCAUAGACACAUCUUUCUGCUGUUUGAUCACAUGGCUGGAGGGCCAUUCCCUUGCACAGACUGUGUUCACAUGUCUGUAUGUCCAUAACCCCGACCUGAUUGAGGAGCCCGCCCUCAAAGCCUUCGCCCUGGGCAUCCUGAAGGUGUGUGACAUCGCCCGAGAGAAAGUCAACAAGGCUGCUGUGUUCGAGGAGGUACGCAACGUUCUACAGUCGGAGGACUUCCAGGCCAUGACCUAUGGCUUCAAGAUGGCCAAUAAUGUCACAGACCUGCGGGUGACAGGUAUGCUGAAAGACGUGGAAGAUGAGUUACAGAGGAAAGUUAAGAGCACACGCACUCGACAGGGUGAGCAGCGAGACCCUGAGGUCGAAGUAGAGCAUCAGCAGUUUUUGGCACUUUUCAAUAGAAUCAAGUUCACACGCCUUCUACUGACUGCACUGAUCACCUUUACCAAGAAAGAGACCAGCUCGGUGGGCGAGGCCCAGAAACUUGUGGCUCAGGCAGCUGACCUCUUAUCAGCCAUUCAUUCCAGUAUUCAGCACGGCAUCCAGUCACAGAAUGACACCACUAAAGGAGACCACCCCAUCAUGAUGGGCUUUGAGCCACUGGUAAACCAGAGACUGCUGCCACCUACCUUUCCACGCUACGCCAAGAUCAUCAAGAGGGAAGACAUGGUGGCCUACUUCAGCAAACUUAUAGAACGCAUCAAGACUGUUUGUGACGUGAUCAACACCACCAACCUGCACGGCAUACUGGACUUCUUCUGUGAGUUCAGUGAACAGUCUCCAUGUGUGCUCUCCAGAUCUCUACUCCAGACAACGUUCCUGAUUGAUAAUAAGAAAGUGUUUGGGACGCACCUGAUGCAGGACAUGAUUAAAGAUGCUCUGAGAUACUUCGUCAGCCCACCUGUCCUCUCCUACAAGUGUUGUCUGUUCAACAACCACCAGGCCAAGGAUUACAUUGACUCCUUUGUUACGCACUGCUCCAGGCCAUUCUGCAGUCUGAUCCAGAUCCACGGACACAACCGAGCUCGACAGAGAGACAAGCUGGGUCACAUUCUUGAAGAGUUUGCCACACUGCAGGACGAGGCAGAGAAGGUGGAUGCAGCGCUGCAUGGCUUGCUGAUGAAACUUGAGCCUCAGCGGCAGCAUCUGGCCUGUCUGGGCACCUGGAUCCUGUACCAUAACCUGAGGAUCAUGGUCCAAUACCUGCUGAGCGGCUUUGAACUGGAGCUGUACAGCAUGCAUGAGUACUACUAUAUCUACUGGUACCUGUCUGAGUUCCUUUACGCAUGGCUGAUGUCCACUCUGAGCAGAGCCGACUCGUCUCAGAUGGCAGAGGAGCGAAUUGUGGAGGAGCAGGUGAAAGGACGCAGCAGCAAAAAGACCAAGAAGAAGAAAAAAGUUCGCCCUCUCAGCAAGGAGAUCACCAUGAGCCAAGCAUACCAGAACAUGUGUGCUGGCAUGUACAAGACCAUGGUAGCUUUGGAUAUGGACGGGAAGAUGCGUAAACCUCAGUUUGAGUUGGACAGCGAGCAGGUUCGCUACGAGCAUCGCUUCGCCCCCUUCAACAGCGUGGUCACCCCCCCACCUGUGCACUAUAUCCAGUUCAAGGAGAUGUCUGAUCUAAAGAAGUACAAUCCUCCACCAGGCUCCGCUGACCUCUACAUGGCCGCCAGCAAACACUUCCAGCAGGCCAAGCUCAUCCUAGAAAACGUGCCCAUCCCAGACCCUGAGGUGAACCGUAUACUGAAGGUGGCCAAACCCAACAUUGUGGUUAUGAAGCUCCUGGCAGGAGGGCACAAGAAGGAAACCAAGGUGCUCCCAGAAUUUGACUUCUCAGCUCACAAGUACUUUCCUGUGGUCAAGAUUAUCUGAUUCUGCGAGUUCAUUUUGAAGAGUGUCAUCUUAAAGACCAUCAGCUGCAAAGACUGUACCCUCACCUGUGUGUGCGAUGGCCCUGAUCCAGUCCAUGUCGGAACAAUGUGUGUGCCAUACACCUAACUGUAAAGGGGUGUGUGAAGCACCUGAAUUUUGUUUUUCACCUGAAUGAGAGAUGAAGUCGUGCGUGUGUGUGUGUGCGUGCGUGUGUGUGUGUGUGUGUGUCUGUGUGUGUGUGAUAAUGAGUGUAUAUGAUUCAAUAAUAUGAAACCUAUUUAUGUGCUUAUCUGAAUGAAAAUGUUGAGUUUCUAAGGACUGUAGUAUCUUGUUUUCUCUCGUACAGCACAAAUCAGUCUGCAUUGCAUUGUGAAACGUCGACAGGACAAUCUGCGGAGAAGAACCACUCUGUUUAUGAUCUUGUACGUGUAAAGUAAAGAGAUCCAAAAUUCACAACCUACAGCUGUGGUAGAUACUUUCCAGAUCAGGGAACCCUUCACACUGCUUCCUCAAACCCACACCAGCAACUGUCAAAUAUCAAGAACGUAAUAAAACCGUCUUUUUAUUCAAAUUCCAAAAUUAGUUCUGUGAAGAUUUUAAUCUAAAUUUAAAUCUAAAUCCUGCAAUAUGCUGUAUGUGAGAUUCAUACAGACAAUGAGGUUUUAUUGUGUACCACUUCACUUCUUUAUAUAGCUCAUUUCAGACAAAGGCAAUUCAAAGUACUUUAAAAAAGCAUUCAAAACAAAUGAAAUGGAAAGUAGAUAAGUUAAAGAUCAACAUUGGAAAUACAGUAGAUGUCGCCAGAGGUGCAGAUGUAUAAUAAUGUAACCUCUUUAAAUGACUGAGAAAAGCAGUGGUAAACAGAAAAGUGUUAAGCCUCGAUUUAAAAGAACUCCGGGUUGGGGCACAGAAACUGAACGCUGCUUCCAUGUUUGGUUCUGACCCGGGGGACGAUGAGUACCUGUCCCAGACGAUCCAAGAGCUCUGGGUGGCUCCUAACAGAGCAGCAUAUCUGACAUGUAUUUGGCAGUAAAACUCAUCUGAAUUUAUCGAGAUACACACUAUAAUUGAGCUGUAUUUAUUUAUUUAUUUCCAAGCUGUGCCUACUGAUGGAGACGUACUGACUACAGGGUUCAGGGCUUCUUUUUUUACACGUUGCCCUCUGUGGUGCACUGAGCUGUUCUCACCACUAAGGCUCAGGAGUUAGUAACUCUUCAUGUCUGAGGGACGCUCUCAACAGAACAGUUCUUUUUUUUUUUUAUAAGCAUGGAUCAUAUAUUGACUUGUAUCAUGAAUAAAAACGCAGACAUGAAAGCUC